AUAUAUGUCAUCAACUAGUUUACAAUGCAGUAUGUUAAUAAUGAUACUGGGGCGGACGAUGAAGAUGAUAUCGCAAACCAUUUUAAUGACCCAAGAAAAGAGGCUGUUUCCAUGUGGAUGAAAAUAAAGUUAAGGAAUAGUUUAUUGAAUCGUGGAUAUGAGUUGGAUAGUAAUCGAUCGGUUGGGAACAAUAGAAAUUUGUCGUCAACAUCGCCUUCGAAGUUUUUCAGGAGAUUUUCUCUAUGGAGAAAACAUUUCGAUUUGAUAGAAGAUGAAUUUGGAAAUGGAACAAAAGCGUAUUUUGUCCUGAUCCGAUGGCUGAUGUUCCUGAAUCUGUUUCAAUUCGUUCUUUACUUGUUUUUUAUCGUAGUACCAUUUGUGGUCUUGGAGGUUGAUGAGCCAAAAUGUCCAGCGAAUGCAACGAAUUGCUGUCUAGUAGAUUAUCUAAACGCUGACAAUAACGGAAAUUACUUCUUGGAUUUCAUUCAAGGGUCGGGGUACAUGGAGAAAACUUUGCUGUUUCAAGGAUUCUAUAGGAAUUCCGUUUACGAAUACGAGUCGAUCGAUGGGAAAACCAGGUAUUACAAUUUGCCUUUCUUUUACGUCUGGACGACAAUCGCGUACUUCUUCAUAUGCCUGUGCAUAAUUGUGUACGAGGCUUCGCAGGGAUUUAAAGUGCAAAUAGGCGAUUCACUGUUGACAUACAGCAAAUUGGUUUUCGCCUCGUGGAAUUACUCGAUUAGAACCACCGAAAAAGCUUCAAAGAGAAGCGCGGAUGUAAGAAAAAACCUCGAAGAGCUUUUGGUUAAUGAUUGUACGGAAACGACCAGGAAAAAGUACAUAAAGAGUAAUUACAAUAAAGUGGUGACCAUAAGGGUCGUGGUCAACAUUUUGGUGGUGGUGAUUUUGGCUGCUGUCUCCUUCGGUAUAUUUACUGCUUUCGUUUACUCUAACAAUCAAUUGAGCCCUGUUGAUAGGGAGAUAUUUCAUUUGAGCGAUGUGAUGAGAUUUGUUUACGAGUACUUGCCUUCCGUGGUCAUUUACCUCUCGAACGCCAUUAUCCCUUUUCUGUUUCAAGGUCUCAUACGAUUCGAACAGUACAGCGCAACAUUCACCAUCCGUCUGAAUCUGCUGCGAAUGGUUAUCUUGAGGAUGUUUUCUCUGUGCGUGUUGUAUGCCACUCUUUACGCCAAAAUAAACUGCGUCCCGGGCGAACUUGAAUGUGGUUGUAACGACAUCCUUUGCUGGGAAACGUUCGUCGGCCAGCAAAUGUACAAGCUGACGCUCACCACAUUUGCUCUUCAACUCUUGACCACCAUCAUCAACUAUCUGCGUAGCCUUGUCGGUAAACUCAACCACAAGUUCGCCAAAACCAUCGGGGAGCAGUCCUUCGACAUAUCCAACCAUGUCUUGGACGUCGUCUACUUGCAGACUAUAGCCUGGUUCGGAAGUUACUACGCUCCGUUGCUACCAGCUAUAUUCGUCAUUGUAUUCUUUUGUAUGUUCUACAUUAAAAAAUUCGCAUGUCUUGUUAAUUCUGUGCCCACGAUCCAUCAAACCACCGAAACGCAUUCCAUGUUCAUGUCGGUUAUACUCGUAUCUUUCAUGUUUGCAUUAGGACCCUUAGGUCUGUCCAUUUCCGAAUUGCAACCAUCAAAAUCUUGCAGCCCCUUCAAAGAUUUUGCAACGACGUGGGAUAUGGUCAUAAAAGCCUUUAACUCUCUGCCCAAAAUCGUGCAGAACAUUUUGUUUUUUCUCUCGUCGACGGCGUUCACUUUGCCAGUAUUCAUAAUCCUGUGUUGCAUAAUCUACUAUAAAAUAGCAGUUAUAUCCGCUAAUUCAUCUAGAAUUAAGAAACUACACGAGACUUUGCUGGCAAGGAAGGAAGACAAUAAUUUCAUUAAAAAGAAAAAACGAAUGAUACACGAGCAAAGAAGAUUUUGAAUAUGAAUAAAAAUAAAAUAUUUACUUUUCUUAAUAAAUUUAAUUAUAAUUAAGGCAGAAAUAACAGUUAAUAAUCCUUUUUAUUUUAAGUAAAUAUUCCUACAAAUAUAGAACCUUUGAUGACUACAUGAGAGUAUUUAAAUACAAAUAGAAGGAAAUAAUUAUAGAUUGACGUUAUUUCUCCCUUGCAGUUCCAUUUAGCCAGUGUAUAUUUGUUUUAAAAGCGCAUAAUUUAAAAUUAUGUACAUCA